AUUUCCCCAUCACCGCCCAGGUGUUGCCCGGGAGGGGGCAGGGAGAGAGGAGGCCCCGACUGGCAGACACAAGAAUGUUGGUUCUGUGUCUCCAUGGAUGUCCUCAAGGGCUGCGUGGUUGAAGAAGGAAGGGUAUCUAGCCUCCACCCUCCACUUCGUGCAACGACCGUCAUGCUGAAUAGUACCGCAAUGGCAGUAUGAGUUGAGGAGGAGAGAGGAGGGAGGGACGGCGUUGACAAGGUGAAAUGCCGAAGCAGCACCACAGGAGUGCGCAAGACCAAGCUACAGUGAUAUAGCCAUAGCUAGCUUGUUGUGGUAACUUGACGAAAACAACUUUCUCGGCCAGCAAGGAUGGACACGGCAGCUAUGGCGCCUGGCACUACGAGUGGAGCGCUGCCCUACUACUGGUUCAGGGAGUCCCUAGCCCGGCACACGACAGCUAACGACAGCACCAGCGCUGCCUCUGGUCGCUUUCUUGGUUCACACUUGGUUGAGUCCUUGAUUCAUGGCCUGGAUGGGCUGAUGAACCUUGCGAUUGGAUCGUCCAACCAGUCUGUGUCUGUAGCGGUAUCGUCGACGAGGGAUUACGACUUGGUGGCGGACGCCGAGUGUUGUACGGAUUGGGCUCCCAACGGGUCGUGCAGUGACGUGUCAUCGGCAUGCAAGCUUUCCACUACUUUCGACAAUUCCCCCUCCGCAUCCACUGUGGCAGAUGCUGUGAAAGCUGUGAGCAGCAUAGGGGUCGAUCAGCUGGGAGGAGCUGGCUUGGUCCAGCGAGUCGACGAGCUGGUCUCCAGAACGGUCUUCCGCUCGCUGGAGGCAAUGGGUCUGGAUAUUAAUCGGCCGAGCCCGAUCACCAAGGACCUACCCCUGGUGAGCAGCCCCACUGGGGUGGUCCUCUUGGUUCUUUUGUACAUUUUGGUCGUGGUCGUUGCCGUGAGGCUGAUGAAACACGCUGGUGCCAAACCAAAGCCGAAGGACCCGUGGUUGCUCCGCGCCCUUGUGCUGGUCCACAAUCUGUUCCUUGCGGUCCUCAGCCUGUUCAUGGGAAGUGGAAUUCUUCACCACGCAUGGCGCAACGGGUAUUCAGUGUGGGGCAACAAAGUCCGCGAUGAAGAGGACACACUUGGGAGGUUGAUUUACCUGUUCUACGUUUCGAAGCUAUACGAGUUUGUGGAUACCCUUAUAAUGCUCCUCAAGAGAAACCUGUGGCAAGUGUCCUUCCUCCACGUGUAUCAUCAUGGGACGAUUUCAUUGGUCUGGUGGAUCAUGUGCUACCGAUCCUACUUCUCUGCUGCGAUGAACUCAUGGAUACAUGUAGCAAUGUACAUGUACUACUUUCUUGCAGCCGUAUUAGGAAAGGAUGAGAAAAAGAGGAAGAAAUACUUGUUUUGGGGAAAGUACUUGACAAUUAUGCAGAUGGUUCAGUUUGUCUUGUUCAUUGUGCAAUCGGUUUACGGCAUUUGGUAUCCAAACACCUACCCCAGGGGAAUUGCAAAGCUACUGUUCUUCUAUUCAUUAUCUCUUCUGGUGUUCUUUGGGAAUUUCUACAUGAAAAAGCACAUAGCUCCUUCAAAAAAAUUGGCCGCAAUGGCUUCGCUGCCCCCUCGUAAAGCUGUGGGGAAAGAGGAGUAGCAUCAGACUAGGGACUCUCCUCAGGCUGUAAGAGUAGAGCAUUCGUCCAGGGCAUGUGGACUUGUAUUUCUGUUCUGCGAAUCAUUCCCACAUAAAUGUUCUAAAACU